AUGGAACCCGCGAAAGGCGACAAAUCCGUGCCACCAAAGCUAUUCGGCAAAGCCGCUGAACAAGAACGACGCAACAUCAAUGCCAAACUUUCGAACCCAUUGGCUGGGCUCAGCCAUACUGAACUGAGAAUCCAGGGUCGCGCAUUCGCCGAGUUCCACGAUAUGGGCGACGAGACCGACGUCCGGGCGUUUGAACUGGGCGCUGUGCUAGCACAAUCACCAGAGCGGUUUGCCGAUAUCACCGACUUGACAAACCUGGAGAAGCAGCUAUUGCGACGAGAAUUGACAAACAAGUGGGCUCAGCCAUGGAAGAUGUACGCUGUGAUCGCGCUAUGCUCUCUUUCUGCAGCUGUCCAAGGAAUGGCACCUUAUCUAUGCUGUGCCUUCAUCGGGUGCUGGCUGACCGUCCCUUUCAAUCACUGGUUUGGACGCCGGGGCACAAUUUUCAUCACAUGUUGUUUUUCAGCAAUAGCCUGUUUAUGGCAAGGAUUUGUCUCAACGUGGUGGGCUAUGUUCGUCGCUCGGUUCAUGCUGGGUUUCGGUAUCGGUCCCAAGUCAGCCACUGUGCCGAUGUACGCGGCAGAGACCGUACCCCCAGCUAUUCGCGGUGCCCUGGUCAUGCAGUGGCAAAUGUGGACAGCGUUUGGAAUCAUGGUUGGUUAUGCAUCUGAUUUGAUUUUCUACAACGUGGGUUCAGACGCCAUCGUUGGACUCAACUGGCGAUGUAUGAUGGCAUCGGCGAUGUUCCCAGCGUUGGUGGUUUGUUGCUUUGUUUUUGCAUGCCCCGAGUCGCCGCGCUGGUAUAUGAGCCAGAAACAGUAUUAUCGUGCAUAUCAGUCGAUCUGUAUGUUGCGGCAUCACAAGAUCCAGGCGGCGAGGGAUCUCUAUUAUAUGCAUACCUUGCUCGAGGCGGAGAGCAAGAUGAAGCUUGGUCAGAAUAAAUUGCUGGAGUUGAUCACCAUUCCACGCAACCGACGUGCGAUGGUGGCAUCUCAGAUUGUGAUGUUUAUGCAACAAUUCUGCGGUGUCAAUGUGAUCGCGUAUUACUCUGCCGAGAUAUUUCUUGAGGCCCAGUUUACACCCAUAGCCGCACUGGCAGCCUCCCUAGGAUGGGGUGUCAUUAAUUGGCUUUGUGCAAUCCCAGCAUUUUACACCAUUGACACUUUCGGUCGGCGAAACCUCCUGCUUCUGACAUUUCCCCCAAUGGCGAUAGCAAUGUUUUUCACAGGUUUCAGCUUCUGGAUUCCACAGUCCAGUCAGACAGCCCGGCAAGCAUGCAUAGUCCUCGGAACAUAUCUCUUUGGUGUUUUCUACUCCCCUGGCGAAGGGUCGGUGGCAUUCACAUAUUCGGCUGAGGCAUACCCACUGUAUGUACGGCCGCACGGAAUGGCAUUAGCAACCGCAACGACAUGGUUCUUUAAUUUCAUUCUUGGAGUGACUUGGCCGGCUUUGAAAGCUGCAUUCACGGCCCAGGGGGCAUUCUCUUGGUAUGCGGGUUGGUGUGUGUUUGGGUGGUGGUUAGUUCUGCUUUUCAUGCCUGAAACCAAGGGAAAGACAUUUGAGGAGUUGGAUCAGGUGUUUUCGUUCCCGACAAGGCUCCAUGUCGGCUAUGGACUGAGGCAAGUUCCGUACUUUGUGAAGCGCUAUUUGCUAAGAAAAAAUGUUCGACCGGAGAACCUUUAUGACAGGACAGAUCAAGGUUUGGUUCAGGAUGUUGGAUUCAAUGCUUGA